AUGUCCAUCUCAUCGAAGUAUCAUUUGUUGACCAUGUGGUUCCUGGGUUUAUUCUUUUUGUACCACUUCGGGAAACAUGACAUGUUUAGAUACAUGAUCUUCAUACCAUUCUGUGUCCCAACCGUCUCGUUCUUCCACUCCGAACACUCCGAACACUCCCCCCACGUACCCCAAAAACAAAUGUACGGCUUGGCGCGGCCGGGUUUGGCACGGGUGGGCCACCAGGCUAUGAAGGCUUCGAUGCCUGGUUGUCUCUGGACACGCUCGAUGUCAGAGGUUGAUGCUUCAGAUGCCGCACUCCCUUUUUGGUGCGCGCCAGUUGAAGCCCGGUGCUUGGUGCCCAGCGAAGCAGAAGGGCUGCAUCUUUGCCUUUGCAUCUUUGCCAACGAGUACGUCCAGGAGACGAGUACGUCUUGCGGUGGAGGCAACUAG